GGGGGGGGGGGGGGGGGGGGGGGGGGGACACACAACCAACGAGGAGACACGGGGAACGUCAGCGGGGAAAGCAAACGGUUCCAGCUCGGCAUCUGGGAAAAGCACCGAGGAAGAAGGAGAAGAAGGAGACGAUCCUCCCCUUCGACCCCACACCCUGUCGCCAACCCGCCCCAUCCACCCUAUAGCCACCACUCCGUGUGCCAUCCCCGUGGUCUGAACUGCCCUCCCACCCCCUCGGGAGAACCACGAGCACCCACGCGACCCCCCCCCCCCCCCCCCCGGACCAGCGUUGCCAUCAAGCGAUGCGCUUUUGGAUUCAGGAAGACAUCACCCUUUUGCGUUUUUUGAUGCAGAACCCAUCCAGAGGUCUUCGGGGUUUUUCCUUCCUCCCCCAGUGGAAACAGUUGAGUCUAGCGCGGAUCGGGGUGUUUACACUUUUUGACGGGUUUCCAGUGGAACGAUAACAUGCAGCACAUCUCAUCCCACGGCUACAGACGAGGCUGUCACUCCUUCGAUUAGUCUUCGUUCACACAACCAGCUGUCACACAAGCUGCGAUUUUGAUUUUUCUUCUCCUUCUUCUUCUUCUUCCUCCCAUGCUUGGAAAUAUUCCUGACAAUGGUCUGGGAACGGACCGCCUCUCCAGACACCUGGUGAUCAUUUUUUUUCAAGACGUGUCAGAUCUAUAUUUCGUUUUGAUCGACGAGAAGGCGACAGUGCGCUGACGGGGAGCCACUUGACGCCGACGCCGUUUCGAGCCACAAGGACUUUGCGUGCGAAGUUUGCACAGGGGAGGGGGGCCAGGUCGGAGACAUCUCGGCUGUUUUUAACGGCAGUUUCCCCCCCCCUGCAAGGUGGGAGGUCGGCCUGUCGCGGUCAUGCUGUCCCUGGACGAGCCCCUGGACCUCAAGAUCCCUCGGCGGGCCAACGGGCGGGACAGAGGGGUGCGCUCGCCCCCCCUUUCGGUGCCACUGCACCCCAAGCGAGCUCGCCAGCUCCGCAUGGCAGACGACGGCACAGCAGUCAUAGAGCCGGCCUCGCCGGCUUCUCCGCGCACAGGUGUGCAGGUGGUCCCGCAUGAUCGAACAGACACCCCCACCCCCCCUGCGGUGGACCUGAGUAUGUCUCCCUCCUACCGCCACACCCCCAGCUCUCCAGAGAUCACCAAUGGAAACUACGUCCCCUCAGGGAAUUCUCACAUCCCACAGGCCUUUCAGUUUUUCGUGCCAAUCGGAGCUGGGGCGGGACUUCACCUGCCAUCCUCCAUGUUCAUUGGGCAGACGAGUGACAAGAGAGCCUCUCCUGACCUGUCGGCAGAUGAACAACUGGCCUGCCACUGGAGGAAGUGUCACCUGCUCUUCGACUCCCUGCAAGACCUGGUGGACCAUGUCAACGACUUCCACGUGAAGCCUGAGAAGGAUUCUGGGUACUGCUGCCACUGGGAGGGCUGUGCCCGCAAAGGCAGGGGGUUCAAUGCAAGGUACAAGAUGCUCAUCCACAUCCGCACUCACACUAACGAGAAGCCCCACCGCUGUCCCACCUGCAACAAGAGCUUCUCACGUCUGGAGAACCUGAAGAUACACAACCGCUCACACACAGGCGAAAAGCCCUACAUUUGUCCUUAUGAGGGUUGCAACAAGCGUUACUCCAACUCCAGCGAUCGAUUCAAACACACGCGCACACACUACGUGGACAAGCCUUACUACUGCAAGAUGGUGGGCUGCCUGAAGCGCUACACAGACCCCAGCUCCCUCCGCAAGCACAUCAAAGCCCACGGCCACUUUGUAGCCCAGGAGCAGGGCUCCCCGGGCGGAGUGGGCUCCAUGCUGAAGGGUAGUCAGAGCGGAGGGCUCGGGAGUGGAGUGGGAAAGGAUUCAGAGCUGUCCUAUGUGAGCGGAGCCCACAUCAUCAUCCCAGGGGCAGCGGCUGCUCUUCUGGGAGGCCACGCUCUGCAGGGCCUGACUGGCACCAUGCCCCUGUCGCCCCUCAGUCCUCGGCCCCUGGACCUCAGCUCACUGGGUUGCCCCAACUCCCCUCCGGGCAGCCUGGGAGGUCGGCCCAUCCUGUCCUUCAACGGCUCGCCGCUCGGACUGGCCAAGUCCCAUCUGCUCUCCGCGGCGUUCCCCUCCUCAGCCCUGGGCCUGCCGAUGAUGCCCAUGCUCGGGGCCACGUCUGAGCGCAGGGCCCACAGUCACCAGAUCAAGAGGGGGCUGGGGGAGGAGGCUGAGAACGAGGUGACUGGAGGGGUCCUGAACCUCUCCACAGGAGGAUCUCAUGAUCCCUUGUCCUGGGUGGUCAUCCCUCCAGGCACCGUGGUGCUCAAGCCAGCUGUGGUCAACUGACACAAACACACACAGACACACACACACAGACACACACACAGACACACACACACACACACACACACAGACACACACACACACACACACACACACACACAUACACACACACACACACACACAGACACACACACAGACACACAGACACACACACACACACACACAGACACACACACACACACACACACACACACACAGACACACAGACACACAGACACACACACACACACAUUCCUGAAGCUCAGGGGGUUGGGAUUGGAGGGUGAAUGGGGGUACGGGCGGUCAAAGGUGAUGGGGAUUGACUCGCACAAUCAAAUCCAGGCAACACAUUUUGGAGAGCGUGUGGAAAACGGACAAGUACGUCGACAGACAUAUCGAAACUUCAAUCAAGAAAACAAUCGAGAACACUACACCUCACAAGAAUUACGAAUACAACGCAAGCCUCUUUUCAUGGUGGGACACCAAGGGGCCCAAGAACUCUCUUUUCAGGAAUACGUACGGCUCGGCUCCUCGUUGCGAUUUUAUACUCUCUUCAUUCCUGUCUGCUGGUUCUGUGGACAAGGACCAUGGACUUGUCUUAGUUCUCUGUCUUUCUUACAAAAGCCCCGAUUCAUUUCUAAGUAUUUAUAUGACUGUACUUCAUUGACGGUGUGCCUCCAGCUUGGCAGUGAGAUAGAUGACACCAUGAAACUGAAUGACGCACUCACAGCUGGGCAAACUUUCACAGAAUAGGACGAUUCUCCGCAGCUGAUUUCUUAAAGUUAUGACCUAUUUUUCACAGACUGCUGUGAUUAAUAUGAUUCAGACAAGCUUGCCACACCAAAGCAAGUGAACUCAAAACUGUUUUGGACUUGUGCAGGAGACGGAGGCUGCCACUUCGGCUCCCAGACAGUUCAGUUAAACACAGCACUUACUACGUGUCGACUAGUUAAAGUAUUGAGACCUCAAAACCGCUGCUAACUUCUCCGCUUCCCCAGCCUAACAUAAAACUGGGAGAGAGCACUUUUUGACAAUCUGUCCCCACUCUUGGGGAGGGUGACCAACAUGGACCAGCCUAGUCCACCAGAAUGUGUGCCAGGCGUGCAGACUAGGGGCUUAAACAUUUAGGGCACAGGGCCGAUCUGAGGACUCAACACAGACAAACGGUGUUACAUCACCUGACAAUGACCAAUCACCAAUUCCUCUUUUACACAAGCACAAGCAAAAGCCGAGCACUGGGGUGCCUGGCUCCCCCCUCUGGCCGGACACGGCGCACAACAUCCUGCUCGGCCGUUCUCGGAACCCGUAUUGCCGCCGGAUUGUCCAGCUGCUUUCCCGCAAAUUGAAUCAACACGGCCGGGUUGUGUAUGAAAGGGCCACUGUGGUGAUAAACACUAGUGUCUUGUAUUUUUAAAAAAGUGACCCGACCCAAAACCAGCUGCGAAAAGCAGGCGGCCAUCCAAUCAAGAGCCCGACUUAGACUCUUGCCGGUUGAAGUUUUGACCCAAGUUCAGCAACUCUGUUCCAAAAAGUACCAGGAGAGGCUGAAGUGGGAUGUACGUAUUGUGCCACAGAGGGGGGUGAAACGCGCCCAGUGCCACUUACAGCUCGACUGACUAGGAAGCCACACUAUUACAAACUGCCUCAUUUUACUCUGUCCUGAGGGGCAAAAAAAAAAUAAGGAGAGAGAAACCUUUAUCAUGGGUUUGAUUAAAGCAGGCAACAUGCACUUACCACACAUUAUAUUCCUUACAUGUUUUAAGAAAUGUUACUGCUAAAGCCAUGGUUCUUUCAAAUCUAGUUUUUUGCUCUUAAUCCAUUUUUUUCUGCAUGGGUCAGUUUUGGUGUGGGGUCCUUCCAGGCUCGUUUAAUGCUACAGUGCUAAUGCACGUAUGAUGUUGACUGUUGUCUCAACAGAGGAGGGGGGGGGGACAGGAGAGGAUCACCACAAGACAAGGAACUUUCUCUGAAGAGACUGAAUCGCUCAACCCUCCUCUCUUGUUUUCACUCCUCCAUCUCUCCUCUCCCAGUAUUGCUCAUGCUGGCAGUCUUACUUUUCCGUUGCCCAGUCCUAGAACCUCGUUAGACAUUAGUUCAUGCUGUUUUGUAUUUUUUUUUGUGUCAUUAUUUCUUGCUGUUGUUCAGACGAGACAUUUUUCCGAUGUUGAAGUUGCUUGUUGUGUUCUGCGAUUGGCUGCUCUGCGAUCAGCCCUCUGCUGCUGGGGGGUGAGUCUUUCGAGGGGAUGGAGGGAGGGAGGGAGAGGCCUGGGUGGUCUCCCAGCGCAGUGGUUCCCAACCUGGGGGCCCGAAGAAAGAUCUGAAGGGUCACAAGAGGUUUUACUUUUCUGUGGCUUUAGCCAUGCUGGGUGACGGUGUCAGUGUGUUUCACAGUCCGUCCACCACUUUGGUCCAUUAUAUCUCAACAACUUCAAAUCAUUCCCAUCAUCCUCAGCCAUAAUUUCAAAAAUGUUGUUCUUGUGAAAUGCGGAAAAAGGUCACUGACGCGAAGCUGCAAAACCCUUAUAAUGUUCGAACUGCUCACAACAAUGUGUCUAAAACGUAGGCCACGAACUGUGAUCAUGGGUCACACGUUCAGAUGAUACUGCUUUGUAUUAAGGGGGUCACAGGCCAAAGGGGCUGGAAACCACCGCUCUGGGGGGGGGAAACAUGGUGAACCAAACGAGAUCGAACUCCUCCAUGACAAUCAUAAUGGUGUUAUUCAGAUGGGACAUGGGGAUUUAAUAUUUCUGUAUCAAGUGUCCAAACACCGAACGUUGCUCCCUUUGUUAAUUCCCACAGUCAAGACACAGAGAAAUGACAUCUCACUGUGAAAUGGCGGGUAGCACUGUGAGAGAGAGAGGGGAUUGGCUGAAUGAAUAAAUGAAUGAAUGGACGGGGACAGGGAGAGAUGAGGGGAGGGGGAGGACGUGUGCCAGCAGAGGAGAAGAGGAAGAGGAUGGUUGCGCUGUGCAGCCGCCCUCCAUCUGGCCACCUCACCAGCGAACGGCCCUCUCGGCUCUGAAGUCACUGGCUGUGCUGUGUCCAAUGUGGCAGCCACUCACAGGCAAUACCGGCCUGCAGAGAACUAGGCCACUGAACUCUGUGUGCCCUCUGGGUUGUUUCUGGGUUUUUUUAGUUUUUUUUUUUAGAUUAAAACCCAAAAGGCUCAGCUCCCCCCACCUCCCAGCCACAAAGCUUUUUUUCUUUCUUUUUCUCGAAAGAUGCAUUCCAGGCAAAUUUAACAAGCUGCACUCACAGAAGGCAACAACAAAUAUAAUCCUCCUUGUCUGGGGAUGAGCUCUGCGUCGAGCCUCAGGUCUAGCGAGUAUUCGGUAUACUGUAUACCUGUGAUUCUGCCUCAGUUAGGUCGUCAGGGUCUCCGACACACACACACACACACACACACACACACACACACACACACACACACACACACACACACACACACACACACACACACACACACACACACACACACACACACACACACACACACACACACACACACACACACACACACACACACACACACAGGUGGCCUGUUUCUGGGUUCAGGCUGCGUAUCGAAGUUAAUCUUUCAUUGUGAGGGGACAAUCCUGGCAUGUGAUGUCACCAGAAACAGGUGUUAAGUAGGCUAGACAUGGUUUCCGUGGCAACAGUGAAACCCACGGAUGCGGCGGCUCUCUUCCUCCUCCUCCUCCUCCUCCUCCUCCUCCCUGUUUGUCUGUUUCUCCUCUGCUGGUCAAAGCCAGGGACAGAGACUCAGCACGGCAGCAGAGAGCUUAAUAAUAAUAAUAAUAAUAAUGACACGGAUCCUUCCAGGGUCCACAUCUUUUCAAUAUUAAAAAUAAGCUGUUAUGAUCCAUUAACCCUUUGAGCGCAGUCUGUAACAAACUGCUCUUUUGCACCCCUCGUAAUGUGUGUAGAUACGUGGGAUGCUGCCACACCCUUUCUCAUGGCAGAGCGUUAUCGAUCAAUCGAUUUGAGAAACGAGAAUAAUUGUAAAAACCCUCAGUCGUUACAGUGUCUGAAUUUAAAGUCUUAUCUUUGUUUUUUUAAGCGGUACUUGCUCCUCCAGAUUUUUAAAGUAACCCUUGCUUAACAUUACGAAAAUGGAACUGAAAUCAAGGGCACAAAAUGAGUAGGUUAGCUCGGUCUGUGUCGUUGUUGAGGGGUGCCAUCGACUGUGCCACAGCGUUGCACAAAGGGUUAAUGAUAAAACUUAGGCCAUGCAAGGCCUGUUCCAACUUAUGUUUUUUUGCACAUUUGUUUGAUAUUAUGUCAGUAUUUGAAUUUUUCCAAGUGCCUUUUUAUUAUAGGUUGAAAAAAAUAUAUAGAAGUUAUACUCUAUAUGAAAAAAAAAAGAUUAUAUGAAAAUAUAUUUUCCUGGCAUCAUGUUCUGUGGUUGAACAUGCAGAAUUUUAGAGUUGUAAAAGUCUCCAAUUGGUACAACAUAGCAGCGUUCUCCUGUUUUAGAGGAAUUUUAUUACGAUAUUGAUAAUAAUGUCAAUGAAAAGAGAAAUGUUUAAUAAAGUUGCAUUUGAUACAA